AGUCGUGCUCGACAGCUUGAUCAUGGAGAAAAUCUCUCGAGUAGCUCAAGCAGAGGAAGAUAUAAAAUACGCGACGAGAUUCAUGAAACCGAUAUUAACUAUAGUCGGAGCAUGGCCGGUUCCAUCUCACUAUCCACUGUCCUCGAAGAUCGUACAAAAAAUGACGCAAGUCUUUACGUAUUUUCUGUUCUUCCUUAUGCUCAUACCACCUUUUCUUUACGUGAUCAAGAAAGAGACGAACAACAAGUUCCGACUGAGGCUCAUGGGACCCAUUAUAAACUGCGUCCUGCAGGUACCCAAGUACACCAUUAUCCUGUACCGUGCGAAGGAGAUCCAGAAAGGAAUAGACGCGAUCAGACAGGAUUGGAUAGCCGCGACGGAAGACAACCGAUUGAUAUUUUUAGAGAAAGCGAGAAUCGGUAGGAAGAUAGUAUUAGUCGUGGCGUCCACAAUGUACGGUGGAGGGGUGUCUUACAGGAUCCUCCUGCCUCUUCUGAAAGGGACAAUUGUCACACCGGAUAAUAUCACCAUAAGACCUUUACCGUGUCCAGUUUACUUUUCCUUUUUGGAUGAACAGGUGACUCCGAAUUAUGAGAUAUUGUUCUUAUUGCAAAUUAUGGGUGGUUUCGCUACGUACGCGGUCAUCAGCGGAUCUUGCGGUAUAUCUGCCUUGCUCGUUCUCCACGCGUGCAGUCUGCUCAGAAUUCUGGACAAUAAAAUGAAACAGUUCUCAGACAAAGAACAUACAACGGAAAGAGAAGUUCAACGGGACAUCGCAGAUGUUGUUGAAUUUCAUAUAAAAGUAAAACGAUUUUUAAAGAACAUUAAAAAGAUCACUGUGUACGUUUACUUAAACGAUAUGAUAGGAGGCACUGGCUUAAUAUGCCUCGAAGGAUAUUAUAUUCUUCAGGCGUUGGACGAUGGCAAUACGACGGCCUUCAUUAUUUAUUUGACGAUAGAAAUUUCCGUGACAUUUUGCGUUUUCAUACUCUGUUUCAUUGGUCAACUUCUUAUCGAUGAAAGUGAAGUCCUGGGUCUAACGUCUUGUACGUUGAAUUGGUAUCGGCUGCAACCGAGGCAAGCCCGGACAUUAAUAUUGAUAAUUGUUAUGUCUAAUUAUCCAAUGAAACUAACAGCCGGCAAGAUGCUUGAGAUGUCCUUAGCCACUUUCACAGAUCAAUCUCCAGUUUACGAGAUAAUCUGCGUCAUGCAAUUCUUGGGCGGGUUUGCAUUGUACUCGGCCACCACAGGGACCACCGGGAUCUCGGUCUUGUUGACUCUUCACGCUUGCAGCCUGCUUAGAAUCCUGACCAACAAGAUGAAUCAACUCAGCGAGAAAGAGAAUAUGCCUGAACAUGAAGUACAGCAAAGGAUCGCGGAUAUCGUGGAUUAUCAAUGGAACAUAAAACGAUUUUUAAACGAUGUUCAAAGAGUAUUGGAAUAUAUUUGUCUCAUCGAAAUCGUAGGGGGCACGAUUUUAAUGUGCCUCGGCGUAUAUUACAUUCUCGUGGACCUGGCGGAUCAUAAUACUGCAUCCAUGAUAAUCUUUUUUACUCUGGGUUUAUGUUGUGCGUUUUGUGUUUUCAUACUCUGUUACGUCGGUCAACUUCUUCUCAAUGAAAGUCAGAUUGUGAGUCAAACAUCUUGUACGUUGGACUGGUACCGAUUAUCGGUGAAACACGCUCGCUCACUAAUAUUGGUGAUCGUCAUGUCCAAUUAUCCGAUGAGACUCACGGCUGGAAAAAUGAUGGAGAUGUCCCUGGCUACUUUCACGGAUAUCUGCAAAUUGUCAAUGGGAUACCUGAACGUACUGCGCGAGACUAUAUAACAAAUGAUAAACUAUGAUAACAUUUGUCGAGGAUAGUCCGUGACGUUACUCGCCAAUUUGCUUUGAGUAGCGCAGUUCUCAUUACUAUUUUAUCAAAGAAGCACAAUAAUUGUUUGUAUAACCUCAUGAAAAUUAAUAUUUAUUCAAAUUUUUUCGAGCUGCUUACUAUGGCAGUCAAAGAGAAAAUUGUACUAAAUCCAUCUAGAAUCCUUGUUACCAUAUUUUCUGUAAUUAUCACCCUGAUAGCCUGUUUUGUGCCUGACUAUUCUUAAACGGCGAUAUGCCUGACGGCAUUAUUCUUUAUAAAAAUUGCGAUAUCACUUACUCGUG